CCGGGGUCCGCGUCUCGCUGGGGAUGACACACUUCCGGGACGUGGCGGCUGGGGAAGAUGGCGGCGCCCAUGGAGGUAGCCGUGUGUACGGACUCGGCGGCGCAGCUGUGGAGCUGUGUCGUGUGGGAGCUGCACUCGGGCGCCAACCUGCUCACCUACCGCGGCGGCCAGGCUGGGCCCCGCGGCCUGGCGCUGCUCAAUGGCGAGUACCUCCUGGCGGCUCAGCUGGGCAAGAAUUACAUCAGCGCCUGGGAGCUGCAGCGGAAGGACCAGCUCCAGCAAAAGAUCAUGUGCCCUGGACCUGUCACCUGUCUGACCACGUCACCCAAUGGCCUCUAUGUCCUGGCAGGAAUUGCAGAAAGCAUCUACUUAUGGGAGGUCUCCACCGGGAACCUCUUGGUCAUCCUGAACCGCCACUACCAGGAUCUCUCGUGCCUCAAGUUCACUGGUGACAGCAGCCACUUCCUCUCUGGGGGCAGGGACUGCCUGGUGCUGACCUGGAGCCUCUGCAGUGUGCUGCAGGUGGACCCCUCCAGAAUCCCUGCGCCCCGGCACGUCUGGUCUCAGCACACGCUCCCCAUCACAGACCUGCACUGCGGCUUUGGGGGCCCCCUGGCCCGGGUGGCCACCGCCUCGCUGGACCAGACAGUGAAGCUGUGGGAGAUCUCUUCUGGUGAGUUGCUGCUGUCCGUCCUGUUUGAUGUGGGCAUCAUGGCUGUGACCAUGGACCUGGCCGAACACCACGUGUUCUGUGGUGGCAGUGAUGGCUCCAUCUUCCAAGUGGACCUCUGUGCUCGGCCCACAGAGAGGGAGAGGAGCUUCCAGCCAGAGCAGGACCCUGGGAAGGUCUUCAGAGGGCACAGGAACCAGGUGACCUGCUUGUCGGUGUCCACGGACGGCAGUGUGCUGCUCUCGGGCUCCCAUGAUGAGACGGUGCGUCUCUGGGACGUCCAGAGCAAGCAGUGCAUCCGGACCAUGGCCCUCAGAGGCCCUGUGACCAACGCCUCCAUCCUGCUGGCGCCAGUGGGCAUGCUGAGCUCCGACUUCAAGCCCAGCCUGCCAUUGCCCCGCUUCAACAAGCACCUACUGGGCGCCGAGCACGGGGACGAGCCGCAAGGAGGGGGCCUCCCCGUGCGCCUAGGCCGCCACCAGCAGGGAUCAGAGCCCAGCUACCUGGACCGCUUGGAGCAAUUGCACAAGGUCAUGUGCAGCACCAUGGAGAAGGUAGAACGUGCUAGGCGGCCAGGACCAGCUGCGCGUGCGCGUGACGGAGCUGGAGGACCAAGUGCGCAACCUGCGCAAGAUCAACCGCGAUCUCUUCGACUUCUCCACRCGCAUCAUCACGCGGCCAGCCAAGUGAGGGCUGCGCUGCGAGAAGCCUCCGCGACCAGCGCCUUCAAGGGUCGGGCUCAGGCGCUUGGGCCAGUUUUGUGUUUCGAUUUUUUACUCCGUUUGGGGGCCGUUUUGUCUGGGUUUUGGUCCACUGGUAUGGGUCGUGUCCCACGGUGCUGUUCUGUUUUUAACAAAAGAUGGUCUAAAAGCCACUUUCUGCUGCCAUGUGUCCCUGCCAGACCCAGUGGCCAAACUGGGCCCUCCAGACCCAAUGCCGCGGUAGGGGGACUGUGGUCAUCGGGUUCCAGGCCAAGGCCCCUCUGGCCUGGAGGUGGCCAGCCCCAUGCAGCAGGCAGGCAGGUGUGGAGGCCCAGGGGUUGCAGAAGGAGCCCACAGCUCAGUCAGGGGGGCCUCUGCUAGCCAUGGG